AUGGCCGUAAACAAAUUGAAUGACGAGGAGAGGAAAGACUUAUUGACUCCUCUGCUUGGAUCCGGCUGGAAGGUUGUCGAGGGUAGAGAUGCCAUCUACAAAGAAUUUUUUUUCAAAAAUUUCAACCAGGCGUUUGGAGUGAUGAGCAGAGUUGCAAUGCAGGCUGAGAAGAUGGAUCACCACCCUGAAUGGUUCAAUGUCUAUAACAAACUGCAAGUGACACUCAGCACACAUGAUGUCAAUGGACUCUCAAAGAAAGACAUCACAUUAGCUAAAUUCAUCGAAACUGCUUCUGCUAAUUUAAACUAA